AUGCUAACAGAGAUAAGGUUAUGUCAAUGCAUAAAAUUUUAUUUUCAGCUCUCCAAUGCUCUUCCACCGCGAACCAUAGGCUAUCCUUGGACCUUGGUUUACAGUUCUGAGAACCAUGGAUUCAGUUUAAAAACACUGUACAGAAACAUGCAGGGACUGGACAGUCCAGUACUCAUUGUGGUCGAAGAUACCAAUGGCCACGUGUUUGGUGCAGUGACCAAUUGUCCGUUGAAAAUGAGUGACCAUUUUUAUGGAACCGGGGAAUCUUUUCUCUACACUUUCUACCCGGAUUUCAAAAUUUUUCAUUGGUCUGGUGAUAAUAAUUUCUUUUUAAAAGGAAAUCAGGAAAGUUUGGCGAUUGGAUCUGGCCAGUGA